GUCGAUUUCAAAGCAAGCAACCAACUAACAAACUUCUAUUCGUAGUGGCCAUUUUGCUGAUGUGAAUAGGUGUAUUUGUAGAAAAACCAAGAAGCAUUUUGCAGCCAAAUUUAUAAUGAAGCAAAGGGUUACAAACUCGUCCACUUAUGGUGAAAGCCCUCAAGGGACAAAAGUGGCUGAUAUUGACAGAGAAGCACAUAUAUUGGCGAAUCUUGAACACGAAAACAUCGUGAAACUGCAUGAAGUAUUUUAUCGCGAUGACAGUGUCGUUUUAAUUCUGGAUCUUGUUACUGGUGGUGAACUCUUCGCCCGCGUUGCGGAAUGUGAAAGACUAUCGGAGGAGGAGGCCUCGAAUUUUGUCGAACAGAUACUUCUCGGUGUAAAGCACAUGCACGACUUGGGUGUGGUGCAUUUGGAUCUCAAGCCAGAAAACAUCAUGAUUGAGGACCUCGCUUCAAGAAAAAUCAAAAUAAUCGAUUUUGGUCUCGCGCGUGUUUUACAUCCAAAUCAAACAUUCCAGGACAUGGCAGGUACUCCCGAAUUUUGCGCGCCGGAAAUUGUGAAUUACGAUCCAAUUACUUUCGCAACCGAUAUGUGGGCUAUUGGAGUCAUUACCUAUAUCUUGUUGACUGGAAUAUCUCCUUUUGCCGGGGAUUCACAAAUUGAAACCUUCCAGAAUAUUCUUGAUUGUAUUGUGGACUAUCAGAGAGAGGAAAUACGUGAUACAACGGAUCUGGCAAAAGAUUUUAUUCGAAAGCUUUUGAUGAAAAACCCAAGAAAGCGUUUCACUGUCAACGAGUGUUUGAUGCAUGCAUGGAUUAAGCCUUGUGAUACCGCUCAAAAGGACUCUCGGCGUGACAGUGUUAUUCGCAGACAAAAUCUCAAUGGUCUCCGGAACUUCAUUGCAUAUCCAUCACCUCCUGCAUCACCGAUCGAUGUGGCUUUCACACCCACUGACAAUAAUACACAUCACUUCUUUGAGCACAUCACGUCUGCGGAUCCUGAGGUCCAAAUCACAUCGAACGGUGCGGAAGAAAUCUCUUCCAACGACCCCACUGUGUUUGAACCACCAAAGCCUGCCAGACGGCCAUCAAUUAAAGGAUGUCCAGCUGAUCCAUUGAUGGCUCCUUGUGAUUCGACCAGCACCAUAACCCAGUGUACAACGAGUCAAAGGCAGACAUCCGAUACUAAACCAUAUCAAGAACACCACAAACCAAUUGAUCGCAUAUCGGAGCCCUGUGUAAAUCUACCCGUACAAAGCGAAAACAAAUCUUCUGCUCGAUCUCCCACUGUACAUCCGCCCAAACCAGUGGUUGCUGAAAAAAGUGGCUGGAAGGCCACUUUCGGUAGCAGCCUUAUUGGACGUCUGGGAGCAGCGUUCGCAGCCGCCACAAUACACAGCACAACACAGGUCAGCAGUGUCAUAAAGUCCUACACACACAGCACGGCUAGCCAUGUUCAGACGGUCACUUCAGUGAGGCAGAACGCUCCAGUAUCAAAUAUUGGUAGCGAAAAUUCACAUCAGGAACAUUUAUCGGGAACAGUACACGGGCUGAGUACAAGCUCACAUGCUUCCAGUGCAAAUUCAUCCGGCACUCAGCAACUCAUCCAACAACCAAUCCAAGAUCCGAGAGAGCCCAAAUUACCGAAAACGCCGGUUCGCCGGGGUUUGCAACUGGGUAACGUCUCACGUGCCGUCCUGGAUCUUGAAAAUUCUGUGUCAACCUCUACUGACUCCGACGACGCUGGAGCUCACAACCAGGAUAGCAGGAUUUCGAAACCACGACAACAAAAGUCUCACUCCCUUGCUCAAAGUGCCGAAAAGAACAUCUGGAAUGCUCAUAGAUAUUCAAAGCCUUCAUCCACGCAACAGCAGUCACGACAGCCAGUGCGCGAACACGUCGGUCGUCUUCAGGAACUGUUUGAGCGCAGAGCUUCAGGUCCUCAGACGCGACUAAACGGUGGGACUUUUCCCCACAGAGCGAGUCACAGUUGAGAAACCUAUAUUUGUCGCUUGACUCAGAUGGUAUAAUUGCUGAAAAAUGUGCAUUUGAUGACAUAAUUCUCAAGUAAAAGAAACUCAGAAUCCCUCAUUUUUUCUGUAAUCUGUACAAAAGAAUCAAACACUCAGUUUCUUCCUCUAACUUCCACCUGGUGUAUUCGCCUCUAGAUUUUUCAAUCUUGCGUCCAAAGCAUACAUGAUCUCAUUUUGCCGCAUCGAAAAUUCUGGACAAUUGUGUCAUUUUAAAAAAACAUUGUCUCCUCGAUUUUUCAUACACUAGACAUAUGCUUCUCUGGACUGCUUUUUCCCAAUUCACGGAAUAAAGCUGGGAUCGUUG